AUGCCUCGAUCCACCAUGUCUAGUAGACGAGUUCCUUUAUCUACGAACCAGAAUGUGGCCAAUUCCCCUCUACGUAGUACUACUCUCGGCAAACAAAAACGCACCGUAGCUCAGAUACAACGGGAAGAACAAUACGGCCAACCACCUCCGGCCAAGAAGCAAAUUAUCGAGGGUGGUUCUCAACGUUUACUUCCAUCCCAACAGCAGCGGGUUUCUAAGAGUCAAAUCCCCAUACAGAUACGUCGUAAUGCAAACACCUACGAGAGCAAGUUGGCCAGGGAGAGAGCAGGUCAUUCUCACCAACAACGUUCCCAACAAACGGCACCUGCUUCUCUUGGAUAUACAGAGAAGGAUAUCGAGGAGAUUCAAAUAUGGCAGCAGCACCACCGAGCCAGAUUCCCUAAACUUGUUUUCUACUUCGAGAAGGUCCCUAACGAUGCUCAUAAAAAGCUCGCGAAACAGAUUGCUGCCUUAGGUGCUCGCGAGGCAGCAUUUUUCUCCAUCGACAUCACCCAUGUUGUAACGACUCGGCCUAUUCCCUCUGAGAAGAGUGUAAGCCGUCAAGAAGAGGACGCAACUACCGAAAAGCACCAGGACCACAUACACGAGCAGGAACAAGAACAAGACCAGGAACAAGAGGAGGUCAAGACCAUCAACCCUUCAUUGCUAACCCGGCUGUCAGAGGCCUCUACUAAACGAAGAACUUUUGAUAGAGGUACUCGGACACAGGGGAUAUCGUCGCAUGUUCAAGUCGGCUCACUAAAUCAGCCAAAGCGUAGCGCAGAUGUCUUACUGCGUGCUAGGGAGAUGGGGAAAAAGAUCUGGUCUUUAGAUAAGUUGCAGCGAAUGAUGGCUUUACUCCUUGAGACCGAUCCAUACGUUAGCGUGGAGAUUGCGUAUGGAGCUCGCAAAGCAAGAGAACCCGAACCUCGAACCACUGAGGACCGUAACCUGCUACAUCUUCUCCACAAUGAGCGAGUCAACGGACCAUCUGACCGAGAUCCAGCCGCGAAUGGUCAGGAACUGCAUUAUUUUAAGGGUCCAUACAUAUAUGUCUAUGACGCCGAAGAGAAGCAAAAGCCUAUCAUGGUUAGAGAGUAUAAGAAGGUUGCCGAGAAGGCAAAGGGCGACUGGCCCCAGUUUCGUACUGCUGCAUUGGGACGAUGUCCGUUUAUUAACGAGCCUGAACCGAGAGAUUCCCGACCCGAGCCCAAGCCGAAAGUCCAGGUGACCAGAGCCGCUACCGAGAAUAAGCCUACUCCUCCAUCCUUCAAGAUGGAACCUCCGAAGCCUGUGACUGGAAAGCGAUCGUUGUGUGAGAUGGAAAAUGGCCAUUCCCGUGGCUCUAGUGUCGCCUCCAUGGACCUGUCCAACUCAUCUAGGUUACCUGCUGGUCAUAUUGCGGAAUCACGCUCUAAUGCGUUUACUGGUCGUGCUGCUAGCCGUCUCUUUGGUGGCGAGCCGGUUGCAUCCGGAGUCCAACCUUCAAAUAUAACGUCUGCAAUUCGAUCACAGAUGAUCUCCUCCACUGCAACAACACCAGGUCUCAUAACUGGUCUAAGCAAAGAAGUUCACGGUCUUCAGCGUCAGGUCUUGAAGCGUAACAGUACCGCGACCUCGCAGGAUCUGAGCUCUCGCCGGAAUGCCGAGAUAACCCCGCGAGAUGAGGUUCCAGUCAAGCGGACUUUCCCUAUGAGCCGUACAUCGAGUCGAAAGUUGGAUUUUGUUGAUGAAGACGCUACCGAUAAAGACUCUCAAGAAGGAUCCAAGCAGAAGGUUGUUCCGCGCGCAGAAAAGCGAGAAUCGUCGCAGUCAAAGAAAAGCGAGCUCAAACCAGGUUAUUGUGAAAACUGCGCAGAUAAAUACGCUGAUUUUGAUGAGCACAUCCUGUCCAAAAAGCAUCGCAAAUUUGCUGAUGAUGAUCGCAACUGGGUUGACUUGGAUGAUCUCCUUGUUCAGCUUCAGCGUAUGCCUAAGCGCAAAUCUUUCUCAUCUUGGACUCCUUCUCUCCAAGAAUACGAUGAGGUCUACUAG